CUAAAAAUAGUUCAUUUUCUAGGCGGGUGGGUUUUCAUGCUUCCCCCAACCGCUUUACGGCCGGAAUGCUUGCUUCGCUCGUGCGCAGUCUGUUUGUUUGGUUUCAGUCUUUGGUGUGCUUUUCCGGGGAGUGUUGUGACCGCAGGCGGCAUAUACUAUUAUCCACACAUACGCGGCAAGCACCAGAUUUUCUUUCGGUUUGUUCUUCUUUUCUUCGUGCUUUGGUCAGCCGCUUCUAUAUUAGUUUUAAUCCAACUACUAACCCAAUGGCAAUAUGCUGUCCUACGACUUAAACGAACGCCUGCUGACUGCGGUCCAGAGGGGGGACUUCGAGCAGGCGCUUGGCUGCAUCAUGCAGGGUGCCCAGGCCUCAUAUGUCUCACCCAGUUGCGGACGCACAGCCGUUGGCACGGCCGCCAUCCUGGGCGAUGCAGAGCUGCUGGAGCUCCUGGUGCAGUCCUGUGAGGAGCCGGAGCUGAAUGUCUUCCAUCAGUCUCACACGGAUAGUCUGGAGAUUGAACGUACCCCCGAAGGUAUGGACAAACUGGAGUGGGUGGACGAGUUCGAAAAUUGCUCGGAAAAUGGUGGUGGUGGCGGCGGAGAGGAUGGCCAGCUAUAUCAGUAUUAUGCCAAGACUUUUGAGAACACCGGUGAGUUUCUGUCCCAGUGCUGUGUCUCCUGCCGCGAACAGGAUCCCCACCUCUAUGACGCUGAUCUAGCCACGCCCCUCCACUACGCUGCCUGCUGGGGUCACGAGGAAUGCGUCCGGAUCCUCCUGGAGCACAAUGCCCCCAUUAAUGUGGUGAAUAGCGAAGGAUAUGCACCGCUACAUGUGGGAGCUGGAUUUGCCGGAGUCACCGACCUGUUGAUCAAGCACGGAGCUCUUGUUAAUGCCAAGACAUUAAGUGAUGGGAAGACUGCCCUUCAUGUGGCCAUCGAGAGUAAGUCCGAGGAGUCCGCCCGACUACUUCUCAAGACGAAUAUCAAUAUCAACGACACGGAUGACGAGGGGGAGACUCCAUUAAUGACGGCCAUAGCCUGCAGCUUGGUCGACCUGGCCCAGGAGCUGGUGGAGAGAGGAGCCCGCAUUAACCUCCAGGAUAAGCAGAAUAACACAGCUCUGCUGUAUGCGGUGAGGGGUCGCCAUGAAGACAUGGCCAAGCUGCUUCUGGAGCGCGGAGCUCGAAGACUAGCCUCUCAGCAUCUCUUGCACAUCGCCGUGAACUUCAACGACCGGACAAUGGUCCAGCUCCUCUUGCAGUACGGGGAGAGCUUGACGGUCCGGGAUGAGGAGAACCAUACCCCCAUCAUGACGGCUAUUCUCAUGCAGCUGCCGGAUAUGAUAGAGAAUCUCUUAACCGCCGCAGAGGAGCAUAGGAGAUUGGGUCUCUACUCGGAUGCCCAGGACGAAGGCUUAGUGUUAUUUGCCGUGCAGCAGAUCGUGAGCGUGAAUAGGUUCCGCGAAGUCCUGCGAGUCUUGCUGGCCAAGCUAGAAAGUGCCAGGAAGGAUUUGUACAGCUCUUGUACUCCCACCAUCGUUUGCGGGCUGAUGUACUGCCAGACGCCGCUAUCGAGGGCCAUUAAUCUGCACCGCCUGGAACUGGCGGAGUUCCUCAUCCACGAGGGAUGCAACCUGGCCCAGAUCUGUCGCGAGCAUGUGGUCAACGAGCUCAGAGCCAACUGUUCUCCAAGGAGUCUGGCUUUUGCCAGAUUGUUGUGCAAUGCGGGCUUCCAGUUUCCUCACAAGCAUCGAGCCUCGCCCUCAGACUGGCCGCCAGCUCGCCAAGAGUUUGAACGGCAAAUGACAGUUCUAGGAACCCAGCCGAGGACUUUACAGUCCGUCGCACGGCUGGUGAUUCGCCGGAAAAUCCUGAAAACACUCCAAACUCGUCCGGAUAUUCUGCAGAAGUACCUCCCAAAUCAGAAACGCUCUUCGCUUGGAAUGAUCGUAGACGAGUUCGCCAUACCCGCCACUCUAAAACUCUACCUCAGCGACUUUUCCGAACUUCCUACGGUAAGGGGAAUGGAACCAGUCAUUCUACCUGGAAUAAGAUGCUCCGAGUCAUGGGAUUGAUUGCGAUUUAGGAAUUUAUUCAGAUUAUAUAGGUUACAUGUAUAGUCAUAGUAUGUAGUGUGUAGCAUAGGUUUUUAAUAUUGGCUGAAUGAGUGUGGGAAUAGAUUAAUGUUAGGCGUUCAUAAUUUUCCUUAAUUCUGUAACAUUUCACAAGUUUACAAUUUACACGACACUCAUGUGAUAUUAACUUUCUUAAAAUGCAAUACAAUUUUUUUUUAACAAAGUUCUCCCACAAAUGUGGCAUUUUCGAAAGUCACAUUUGUGUGAUAAUCUUGUUGGGGCACAGGUUUUUAGUUCUUUGUCUAAAUCACUUUAAUAGUUUGUUUAUUAGGCAUUUAGUCUGUAUAGAUUAUUUAUAUAAUGUAUUAUGCACUAGGAUAUUUUUAACUACGCCAAUAAUAAGAUAACGUUCAUCAUUUACAAACGAUCUCGCACACAAACUCGCAAAAACUCGAGGGAAAUGAAUGCAAUUUGUAGAUUAGGAUUUUACAACGAUGUCGGGGGUAAUUUUAUAGACAAACUGUUGACAAAAACCAAAUAAACAAAACGAAGUUUUAAAAGAAAAAUCAACUUUUUAGUGCUUAAACUACUGUAAAAUACAUCAACGAUGAAAGGUAAGAGCAUUGAAGAGCCCUCCUAGGGCUUCAGCAGUAGCUUGAAGUCAUCAUUGGCGUUCUCCAUGAUGUAUUCAAAUGCGAAUUUGUCUUUUUUA